CGCGCCCUUUGGACUGCUGUGUACAGAACGCCCUGUUUAUGAGUAAACAUAACGGUAUGCCCAUCCCAGCCUAGAAUCAUGUCGCUAAAGGCAGUUGUUGGUACUAAUAUUCUUGAAGUGGUGAAGUCGGUGCGGAAGGGUAAAGAAUGGAGAGUAUUGAUUGUGGACCAACUCGGUAUGAGGAUGAUGUCCUCUUGCUGCAAGAUGCACAACCUAACAGAAAAUGGGAUUACAAUUGUUGAGGAUUUAGCCAAGAAGAGAGAGCCGUUGAGGUCAAUGGAGGCUGUGUACCUGAUACAACCUAACCAGACUUCCAUUGACAUUUUGAAGAGGGAUUUUGAAAACAUUCGUGACCUACAAUAUAGGCUUGCCCAUGUAUUUUUCACUGAAGCUUGUCCCGAUGACUUGUUUACGGACAUCUGCCGAAGCCCUGCUUCCAAGUUCAUAAAGACGCUGAAAGAAAUCAACAUAGCCUUUCUGCCAUGUGAAGCCAAGGUUUUCUCACUCGACAACCCAGAAAGUUUCAGCACGCUGUACAAUCCCUCAAAGAACAGCUAUUGUUCCAGCACCCUUGAGAAGCUAGCUGUACAGAUUGCCACUCUCUGCUCCACUCUUGGGGAGUAUCCCAGCAUCCGUUUCCGAUCGGAUUUUGAGCAUAAUGCAGAGCUAGCACAGAGCAUACAAACCAAGCUGGAUGCCUACAAAGCAGAUGAUCCCACUAUGGGGGAGGGACUUGACAAGCAUCGUUCGCAGCUGCUUAUUGUCGACCGAGGGUUUGACCCUGUGUCACCUCUGCUCCACGAGCUGACCUUUCAGGCCAUGGCCUAUGACCUGCUUCAAAUUGAGAAUGAUGUCUACAGGUAUGAAGCGCCAUCACCUGACAUGCCUUACAAGGAAGUGCUGCUCGAUGACAAUGAUGAACUGUGGGUGGAGCUACGCCACCAACAUAUUGCUGUUGUAUCUCAGGAGGUGACAUCAAAAUUAAAGCAGUUUGCUAUUGAUAAAAGAAUGAAAAGCAAAGAUGAGAAGACAAGUAUGAGAGAUCUGUCAGUGAUGCUGAAGAAGAUGCCUCAGUAUCAGAAAGAAUUACGAGUGUAUUCAACUCAGUUGCGAUUGGCUGAAGACUGCAUGACAAAGUUCAAAGGUAAUGUGGAGAAGCUGUGCCGUGUUGAGCAGGACCUAGCCAUGGGAACUGAUUCGGAAGGAGAGAGAAUCCGAGAUCAUAUGAGGAGCAUCGUUCCGAUUUUACUGGAUCAGAACAUCACUCCCAUGGACAAGAUUCGCAUAAUCUUGCUCUACAUUAUUGGCAAGAAUGGAAUUAGUGAGGAGAACUUAGCCAAGUUAAUACAACAUGCACAGAUCCCUGACCCAGAGAAAAAUAUUGUGACUAACAUGAAGCGUUUGGGUGUGCAGGUCAUUUAUGAUCCAAAAUUCCGAAAGCCUAAAUCGAUAGAACGAAAGGAACGUGUUUCGGAACAUACUUAUCAACUUUCACGUUGGUCACCUUUAAUUAAAGAUGUGAUGGAGGAUGCAUGCUCCGAUAAAUUGGACCAGAGAAUGUUCCCAUACCUAUCAGGGAAACCAGCAUCAUCAAGUCACAGUUCGUCUGGUACUAGAAGUGCAAGAUACGGGCACUGGUCAAAGGGCCCAAGUCGUUCAGAGCAUCGCAGUGGACCACGUCUUAUUGUAUUCAUGCUGGGCGGCAUGACAUACUCUGAAAUGCGUUCUGCGUAUGAAGUCUGUAAAGACAGCCAGUUCAGCUCCUGGGAAAUCUACAUCGGUUCAACGCACAUGAUCACCCCAGAGAACUUUCUGUCAGAUCUGCGUGAUCUGAGUAACAGCUGAACAUUGACACAUCAUCAACCACUAUGAUCGCUGAUUUCUGACCAAUCAUCUUUGUUGGUUUUCUAAAUAUCUUACUCUUUCUAAUCAUCCACCAAUCUGAAAGUCAUGUGCCACCUAGCUAUUGGUUUAUCUUAUGCAUUAUUAUACAUAUAUAUAUAUAUAUAAUAAAAAUAUAUACACAUUUAUUUAUGAAUUUAUUGUUUCUUACUAUAGUAUUUCCAAUGAUAACAUUUGAAAUUUAAUGUUUGUUUUCAUAAUUCCUUUUCACCAUUCCAGUUUUUGAUUUAUUGUAUAUGUUUUAUUACUAUGGAUGAUUAGUUUAGUUGACUGUUCGUUAUGACACUUAUAUGACUUCAUAGUAAUUAAUUAAUUAUAUAUCUUUGCUAUAGUAUUAAAAUGUUUAAAUCUUAAAUACCAAAUACUACAAAAAAACGAAUAUCUGUUAUUGAGACAAUUGGUAUUUUAGCCAUUUUGUGUCCUGCCAUUAAAAGUGUCAUUACAAGAUACAUUAUGUUGAAACUGAAUGAUAGCCAUUUUGAGUCCAGUAGCAAACUUUCAUUGGAUUGUCUCUACACUACAUUUACCAUUAUAUUCAAAUAAUAUUAUGAAUAAUAUUUUGAUUGUUGUAGACAUGCAGUUAUAGCUGAACAACUGUUAUUAGGCCUAUGAUUUUAGACUCAAAUUUAUAAACUGAAUGUGCAAUAGUCUUCUAAUACAAUUUAGGUAAGGGAUUUUCUGUAGCACUAUCAAUUAUUCAUUGUUUAUUGUAAUCAGAUUUGUUCAUAAAUGUGAAAAAAACUGCUGAAAAUCAGAUUUUCCCCUUGCGGAUAAAAACAAAAUCUUGGGAGAAAAUUGUACUAAUUGUGGUCUUGUUUCUUUUUGUGGCAAGGUUCUUGUUUAUUAUAUGCAACAUAAAUAAUUGGGGAUCAGUCUCUAGUACUUGUAUGCCAGUACGUGUGUAAGGUAAACUGCUGUAGUUUAUACGUAUCCCGAUUUUAAAGGGUUAAAAAAAUUGAACUUUUGCUGUUUUUACCUUUUUGCUGAUUAAAUUCAGACAAACAUUGUGAGCUGCAGAUGAUUAGAGUCUGUGCUGCUGUUUAAUUCUUUGAAUUUUAGUAUUGCAAUAAAAUCAAGUAAAAAUAUAUAAACAUUGAUAUGUACUAGGUAUACUGGUUUUUCACCUUAACCAGAUCCACAUGAUAAGUCUUAUAUUUUUCUGAUGAAAAUAUUGAUGUGUUCAAAUGCGAUUACCGAGACAGAAGCUCAUGUUGAAUAGUUGUGGAUAUUUUUAAAGUGGUAGUACCACAUGGUCAUAUCAUCAUUUAGGGUAAGCCAACGUUUAAUCAACUUUAGAGAAUACAAACAUCCUGAAGUCUGUCUCUCUCUGAUUAGUUAACACUAGAAAUGACAACUUGACUGCAACAGAAAAAAUAAUUGACCAUCAUUUCUGUAUGCACUCUGGUAGGGAAAAUUGUGCAUGAAUGCUCAUCACCUUUACUGAAGUAAAUCACCAUUUUAUGGGUGUUUUGCAUAUCCACCCAGCAUGAAAAAAAUGUAUACAUGCAACUUUUGAUGGGGCAAGGGAGAAGAUGAACAACAUCUGUGUGUAUAGGUGCCGCAGCAGCAUCACAUCAAUUAUAAUGAAAUGUCAACCCCAGUCAUGAGUCAAACAUUAAAUUUUUGAAAAUUCAGUAAUAAUAAUCAGAUAGUUGUUAGAUAAUUUAUUAUCAGAUGAACAUUAUAAUUCAGUGCUGCAGAAAGAUAGCCAUAGCGUGUAAAAAAUAUCAUGCAGGGAUGAUUAAGAAUUCAUCAUAUAAGUGUACUUUGUGACAGGUUGAAAGCUUCUUGCAGAAGUCGUGGAAUUUUUAUUUGUAUUCGAGCAAUACUUUAUGAAUGAUGUUGAACUUGUUCUUAAUAUUUUUCAGGGCUUGCUAAUAUUAUUGUCUCUCCUGUAAUACCAGUGUAUAUAAAUAUCUAAACAUAGAAUAAACCUAGUGUAUACUUAUUAUACUGUGUACUUGUAACAAUAUAGUUUCAGAAUGAUUUUCAUUGUUUUCAGCAUCUUUAAAGCUUCAUCUAUUUUAUAUUUUGUUCGUAAAGAGUGCAUGAAUUUUUUUUUAUUAAUACCACUAUCUAAACAUUUAUUUAUUUUAAAAUUUAUCAGAAUUGUAGUAUUUUUCAGAAAUUUUAAAUUUUGAAUUUCUUGUACAACCAUCUAGAAAUACUUUUGAAUUUAUUCCUAUUAAAAAAUAUUCAUUUUGGAAUUAAUGUUUCAAAUAAUUAGAUAACAUAAUUGUUUAGAACACAAUGUUUUUAAAGUUAAAAUUACCAGUAUUUGUUUCAUGUAUAUUUUGAUUAGAGGAACAAUCUAUUGUAGAAAAAAGUGUUUGAUAUUUAUUAGAAUUUAGAGAACACAGUAAAUGACAACUGAACAUUUAUUAAGAUAAAGGUUGACAUGGACCAUCACCAAUUUAACGUUAGUGUUAGUUACUAAUUUAAUUUGAUACAUAAUAUAAGGUAUUAUGCAUAAUUCUUAUCCUGGAAAGGAUUCUGUUCAAUAUAUAUGUAUAUAUUUGUUUAUUAAUCAAAUUACAAACAAAUAAUAACAUAUUUUUUUGUGUUCAGGCAUCCUGUGUUUCCAAAUAGCCUUGAUUGCAAAUCAAGCAAAAUUGAAAUUCAGACAAAAAUUCAGGUGUCUGAAUAUGCAAGUCAGUAUAUUUGAAUAACUGAAUAUGCAGAUUGAGAAGUUUAUGAUGUUAAAUAUUCAUUAAAUAUGCUGAGUAUGUAAAGUGAAAGAAUGUUGAGAAAGGUUGUUUACAAUAUUGAUCUAUGAUUAAAAACUUGAAUAAGAAUUAUAAACAUUGUUUUGAAUUGGUAGUACCAAGUAUAGUCUUCAAGUUGAAAUAUUUAAUUAGAAUUUGAAUAAUUUGUUAUUUUAAUUGAAAAUUGUUGCUAACUGUAAUACAGAUUGAAUAUGUAUGGUCUUAGACAUCUAAACAUGAAGACUUUGUUGUUGUUAGAACCAUGUGUGAUGUAGCAACUGAUUUAGUUUACCUUAGUGUUCAGUGCUGGAAAAAAUAAAGUAUUCUUUUUUCAUAUUAUCCAUAUCAAAAGCUCUAUUCAACCUCAAUGGUUGCUUUGUGCGUAAGUAAAAUUUUUCCGCAAUAGUGGAGUGUGAUUAUAUCAAAAAUGGUGCAUUUUGAGGUUUAAAGAAAACUAAAGCUACUGUGUACAUGUUUGCUUCUUGUCAAAAUAGCCUACUAUUAUGCCACACCAAUAAGCCAAUCGUAAUUUAUUGCAAGCUAGUGAAAUAUUAAUAGGAAUUUAUGUAUCUUAAUUAUGAAUACAGAAUAUGUUGUUGAAUAAGGAUAGGAAAACUCAAUACAUAAUGAAUAGUAUUUGUGAAAGAUGUAAUGAUUUAAGUAAUGAACAAAUUGAGUGUAAGUACUUAAUAUGCAGAUUGCUAUUAAUAAAUGUAGGUCAUUGAACUAUAA